AUGCCAGCUAAAGACGAAGUGCCCGAGACCUCAAUCCUCGAUCGCGCGAUCAACGACGCGUCCGACGAGACGCUACGCGUGGUUCUCAAAUCCAUCUGCGCGAAAAACGCCGAAGCCCGCAAAGAAGCCGAGAUUCAACUGCUCGUGAUGGCACCUGAUUCCAAAGAGAACUCCGCCAGCAAUAAGAGGCUUGUUGCGCGUUACGCGUCUUGCGUCAAUUGCGAGAAGGAAUUCGAUGUCACGACCAAUACGGAGAAGGCCUGUCGAUAUCAUCCCAAGAAAAAUGAGCCCACCGGUGAAGACCUUUAUGUUGACAAUUGGGAUGAAUUCGACGUGGACACCGAUGAAAUGCGGGAGGAAUUUCCAGAGUGCUUUACGUUUGGGUGCUGUGAUGGAAAUCUCAGAGAUAACCCUCAUGGGUGUGUGACCGACUUCCAUCAGGAACAGUGUCCUGACGGGGAGCCAUUGAAGAGGCCCAGGGCCCUUUGA